GGCGUAUCUGGAUGCAACCACUGUACUAUAUGUUGCCCACAAAUUCUGAUUGAAGUAAGCAAUAUUCCUAGAUUGCGAGAAAACCAUGAUAUUCUAGCCUCUGAGUCUCAAAACACCAUAUUUGGUUGAUCAGAUGUUCGUUUACCUUAUCCAGAGCCGGCAAUUUCCCUCGCGAAUUUUGACAAUCAGUGAGUUUACUGUCUCUUCUCUCCUCUAACCAAGCAGCUUCUCACAUAGAUGAGGACUUAUCUAUCAUGUCACCUAACUCCGAAUCUUGCGAUGCAACCUUGCCACCCUCAAGUGAAUAUGAGGCUGACUUGACAUACUCAUCUCUUUGGGGUAUUCAUGGCACUAUCUUGCUCGAUCCCAGUAAUAAAUCAGCAAAAGCAAAGCAAACAUCCUCCACUGCUGAAAAUUCUUUUGCAGUAGCCACACAUGAGCAUGCGCAAACGCAGCAACAAGAGCCAACAGCUUUGGACAGCGCAUUUCUGCAGUGGAUCUCGCUUAACCCCACCCCGCCAUUGUCGCCAUCAACACAAGACUACAUGAAGUCUGGUCACCGUGAUCUUUUAUUAUAUCCAUUAAGCCUUCUUCACUCUCCAAAUUCUGAAAUAAUCUCUCGUGAUAGGGUCAAAGACAUCGAUGAAAGCUCCGACUGCUUUUUGGAAUUCAAAGGGCAUGUGUUGUACAAACGAGACACUAAAGUUCUAAACCAGCAAAACCGAAGGCUUAGACUAGACAGGAAUCGGAUUGCAGCAAAAAAGUCGCGCAAAAAGAAGAAAGAGUUUACGCAACACUUAGUGGAUCAAUUAAAGGGGCUGAUUCAGACACAAUCCCAGUUGAGAAAGGAGCUAGGGUCUCUUCGUCAUGAAAUUUUGGAUUUGGAAGAGGAAACGCUCAGGCACGCACAGUGUGGCGAUGAAAUUCUCCAGGGUCAAUCGGCCAAACUGGCAGAUCACCUAUCAAAAUUCAGUUCUAGUCAACAAGUCCCAGAUAUUGGAAUUUUGUAGCGCAUCACUCGAGGUGUGAAAGAUAGCUGAAGGAAUUAAAUCUUGGAAAAACGACUAUAUGAGUUA